AGUAUCGAUUCAAUAAUCGUGAAAUUUAGAAGUUUGAGUUAAAGUUUCGCAAUGGUUUUCAAAUUUCUAACUUUUUUGUUAGCUGUGUUUCUCACCAAUGGAAUUCUAUAUAAACCAGUAUUUGCAGUUUGCAAUGAGUGCCAGGACAACCAUGUAGCCUGUGUGAACGAGACCUCAUAUUAUAUGUGCUUCGGUGAAGGCAUCCCGAACACCAAACAAUUGUUCACCUGUCCCGAUGGCAUGGUUUGUACGUAUCUACCAACGAUAUGUUUUCAGCGUAGUACAUUGCCAGCCAGCUGUGGUGAUACCUCCAGCUGUGGCGUAUGCAAUGCCAACCAAGUGUUUGCCUGUACUUCACGCACCACAUUUGCAUUUUGUUUUGGAGCUACAAUACCCUCUGAUGUUGUAGGCAAUUGUCCUAAGGGUACCAUCUGUGAUGCCUCCAGUCCCAACUUUUGUGUUGAUGAAUUAAUGCCCAAUUCUAUAGUGUGUGACCAGAUAGAGCCAGUUAGUAUCAUGGAUUUGAAAAGAAUGAAUGGACUUAAAAAUGAAAUUGAAUUCAAAAAAUGAGCGUUUCACUAUACAACUUUUUAAAGGACCCCGACCAAUAUUGAAAUCCUGAA